GUUUAAUAUUUGAGAACAAUGCCCAAUCAUUUAUUGUCGGUCACCAGACUCUUCUUUUUUUGUCAAUAUAUUUUCUGAGGACGUCUGAGUUUUUGGAAUUGUUUGUUUGGAUUUGUGGUCGAUACACGGAUAUAGAACGGGAAGUCAUUUCAGUUACAAAUUUUUACUCAAAGCAAAUUGAGAGGCGAGGGUGAAGAGAAGAUGAAAGAGUACUGGAAACUGUGGUCAAUGAACAAGCACCACUACUUACUAGUGAGGCUUGCGAUCGCCAUUCUGUUUGUGGGUUUUGCAUUUUGGCUCUUCGUUUCUCGUUCAUCGGAAUUUCCAACGGGUUUAGAGAGCCCUUUGGGGGGGAAAGAGCAGAUGGCAGUGCCACCGCCGAAACUUUCCAUCGAGAUACCCGAAAAUGAGGAUCAGAUGCCUCUAGAUGUUGUUGUAGAGAAGUGUGAUCUUCUAACAGGUGACUGGAUUCCCAAUCCAUUGGGUCCAAUUUACACCAAUGAGAGCUGUUCCCUGAUUGAAAGCCAUCAGAAUUGUAUGAAGAAUGGUCGUCCUGAUUCGGGCUAUCUACAUUGGAUGUGGAAACCACGUGAUUGCAAGUUACCUCAAUUUGAUGCCAAGAAAUUUCUUGAGAUGAUGAGGAAUAAGAAAUGGGCAUUGAUUGGUGAUUCUAUUUCUCGCAACCAUGUACAGUCAUUGCUGUGUAUGCUCUCAAGGGUUGAACAAGCUGUGGAAGUUUACCACGAUGAGGAAUACAGGUCAAAGAGAUGGUACUUUCCAUCUUACAACUUGACUGUAUCAAACAUCUGGUCACCCUUUCUUGUAAAAGCUGCUAUCUUUGAAGACUUUAAUGGGGUCUCAACAUCUGAGGUUGAGCUCCAUCUUGACAAACUUGAUAAAACAUGGACAGAUGUAUACCAGAGCGUAGACUACAUGAUCAUCUCGACAGGGAAAUGGUUUCUCAAAGCUGCAAUCUACCAUGAAAAUGACACUGUGGUUGGUUGCCAUAUAUGCCCUGGAAAGAACAUCACACAAGUAGGAUUCGUCUUUGCUUACAGCAAGGCCCUCCACUCUGUGAUGGACUUCAUUGCAAAAUCCGGUCACAAGGGGUUGAUCUUUUUCAGGACAUCCACACCGGAUCACUUUGAGAAUGGGGAAUGGCACAGCGGAGGAACUUGUCCGAAAACUACACCAGUUAAAGAAGGGGAAAUCGAAAUGAAGGUCAUCCAUAAGCUUCUGCAUGACAUAGAAUUGGCAGAGUUUGAGAAAGCAGCAGAAAAAGCUGCUAAAAACGGAGUGAAUCUUAAUCUUCUUGACUUCACAAAUCUCUUAUUGGUGAGGCCUGAUGGUCAUCCAGGUCCAUAUCGAGAGUUUCAUCCAUUUGCAAAAAACAAAACUGCCAAAGUUCAGAAUGACUGUUUGCAUUGGUGCUUACCUGGUCCACUAGACUAUUGGAACAAUGUGAUAAUGGAGAAGGUGAUCAAUGGCUGAGAAAACUGGCUGAGCUACUCCAGUUUACAGAUGUUACUUCUUACAAAUUGCUUUCUGGAUUCUUUCUUCUCACCGGUUCUUCAUGCUAGGAUCAAAGAUAGGAACAAAUUUACAGCCAGAUAAUUAUAUUUGUUUGUAAUUUAUGUAUUAUAUAUUUUGAAAAUAAUAUAUAUCAAUUCGACUC